UUGAUCAAACCACCAGAACAACCGCCAUGGUUCAAGCAAGUUCUUAUCGAAGAAGAAAGACCAGACAUUGUUGCAAAAUUCGGAAAAAAUCUUGACGUUGACGAGGCAGAACUGCUAGAUGUAUUUCUCAGAAGUGGUGAAGAAUUAGUGCCCGGCGAUCUUGUAAUAACCGACGAUAACCUCGACGAAGACUCUCGCGAAUAUUCGAGAUACGAAGUACUCACAAAAUAUAACGAAGGCCGAUACUCAGCCAUUUAUAUAGUUGCAAAGCAGACUUGUACAGACAACGAAGAAGUAUUGGAUAAAUCUUUGUAUGCAAUGAAAGUAGGACUCAGAAAAGAAAGCGAAAACACCAAGCUUAGAUUCAAGAGAGAACUGGCAGUGUUGCGAGAACUCAGAGGUGCUGGUGUUUUGCACACCCCA